GUUAUAGCUUCUUAUCACAACAAGGAGAAACAAAGCGAAAAAAUACACAAUGAAGCUUAUUGCCUUCCUUCUCGCCGUAGAAUGCGUGUUCUACUUCUACACCCUGGACACAUUAGCCGAGGAGCGCAAACUAAUCUCAUACGAAACGAAAGUUUUCCACAAAAUUCCGGAGCAUACAAUAAUUGAGGAGAAAAUUGAAGAAAUCAAAAAGAUUCCGCUAAUUGAGAAGAAAGAAGCGAUCGUUGAGGACAAGGAAAAGUCGUCCAUCCCCAACUACGAAUUCGGCUACGGAGUAAAGGAUCCGAUCAGUGGCGACCACAAGGACCAAUGGGAAAAGCGGCACGGUGAUCACGUGAAGGGUGCCUAUCGGUUUGACGAAUCGGACGGUACGCAGCGUGUGGUAGAAUAUGAGGCUGACGGCAAGAAAGGGUUCGAAGCGACGGUUAAGAACAUCGAACGGAAGGAUGUGGUUGUGGAGGGUGAAGAGGGUGCGAUCGUUGGCAAGACGGAGGGUAAAGUAGGACAUAGCUAUAGCUAUCUGAAGCGAUCGGAGAACUAAUUUCAAUUACGAAACAGUGGCUUAGGCUGCGGGAGGUACAACGGUGUCAAUUGCCGUUUCGUGAGUACAUUGAACUCGAGUGCCGCUGAAUUAUUUACCCAAUAAUUUACCUAUUUUUAGCGGAUUCAAGCACUGAUCCGAUCCACAGAUUGCAUACAAUUACCGGCUACAUUCCUUCCUUCCUUGUUCCGUUUGAUUGCAUGUAGCAGUAUCCAAAUGGGGGGUUUUUACUAUGUAGCAGCCGAGUAAACAUAGCAGCAGGGAGGAAGUUGCUUUUUGUGCAAAGAGCUGUCGAUUGAAUUAAAUCAUAAUGGUUAUUACAAUUCGUUGACCAUGAAAAUGCCCUUUUAUUGGUUGUUUGAUGUUGAAAGAGUAA